GACUGCCCUGCUUUCAGUUCGACCCCAUGGCCAAGACCGCCCUUCCCAUCUGACCGACCGCGCUGCCGAGGGCUCACCCCGCGCCCGGUCCCCGCAACGGGGCGCAAGCCGAGGCUCCCGACCCCCGUCCCGGCUCCCGGGCGAGGGGCAGGGCAGGGCGGGCGCCCCGCUACGGCCGCGGAAGGCGGGCGCGGCCCGGCGGAAGGGGCGGGAGCGCGGCCGGGCCCCGGCGGAGCGGGGCGGCGAUGGCGGCGGCACCGGAGCUGCGGGAGGCGCUGGAGCAGCGGCUGCGGGACUUGGGCAUCGCCACGGUCACCGCCGAGCACCCCGAGGUGUUCACUGUUGAAGAAAUGAUGCCCCACGUCCAACACAUGAAAGGAGGUCACAGUAAAAACCUCUUCCUUAAAGACAAAAAGAAGAAAGGCUUCUGGCUGGUGACUCUCCUGCACAACAGGCAAAUCAAUUUAUCUGAUCUCGCGAAAAAACUGGGUGUUGGAAGCGGGAACCUGAGGUUUGCUGAUGAAAACUCCAUGCUUGAAAAGCUGAAGGUGGGUCAAGGCUGUGCCACGCCACUGGCGCUCUUCUGUGACCAGGGGGAGGUGAGGCUGGUGCUGGACGCUGCCUUCCUGGAGGGCGGCCAUGAGAAGGUGUAUUUCCACCCAAUGACAAACUGUGCAACCAUGGGUUUGAGCCCUGAUGACUUCUUGAAGUUUGUGAGAUCAACAGGGCACGAUCCCAUCAUCAUACGUUUUGAUGAGGACACGAAGUAGAUGAAGCUCAUUUUUGUAUGACGAGGCAUAGGUUUUGUAAAGAAAAACUGGUGAAAGUCUUUUACAAAUAAAUCUGGAAAAACCAGGCUCACUCCUUUU